AAGUUCCACACGGACUCUUUUAUGGCGCGGUCAAGAUGUUUGUUUUCAUUACCAUCAUCUUUGUCUUUGUGGCUUACAAUAUUUCUAUAAAGUUUGUGUAUUACAGAUAUAGUAAAUUAUGGCCAUACUUAAUUAAUAAAAUAUCAACGCCUUUAUGCACCGUUGGAAACGCGAGUUUUUGUCCGACUCAAGAGAGGUCCAGCGCGCUUUUACGGAACACAGGGGAUGACAAGCCGCGCGUUACAGCCAGCGAGACUCGAGCGCUGUUAGUCACUGCACAUCCAGAUGAUGAAUGCAUGUUCUUUGCACCUACAGUCUUAAAACUUGUUGAAUCACAAGCAGCUUUUUAUUUGUUAUGUUUGUCGACAGGCAAUUACAACAAUCAAGGACUACAGCGCAAAAGAGAACUGCUUGACAGCUGUGCAGUUCUAGGAAUCCCGUCCGACCAUGUCACCAUCAUAGAUGACAAAGAGCUUCCAGAUGACCCCACGGUCCAGUGGAGCACCGCAGCUAUCUCCUCUCUGAUCCUCAAACACAUCCGAAACUACAGCAUAAGUGUGGUAUUGACAUUUGAUGGCAGUGGUGUGAGUGGACAUGCAAAUCAUAUUGCCAUCUACAUGACACUCAGGCAUCUAGCUUCCGCUGGACGAAUACCUGAAGGUUGUCAGAUCUUCUCUCUUCACUCCAUCAGCUUACUUAGAAAGUACGUGUCAGUCCUAGAGCUGCCCAUCAGCUGGCUCCUCCCCUCUGAUUUCUGCUGCAUCAUUGGACAGGAUGAGUAUAACCGUGCCAAGAAAGCCAUGCUCUGUCAUCGCUCUCAGCUGCUGUGGUUUCGCCGACUCUACAUACUUUUCUCACGCUACAUGUUUGUAAACACAUUCCAGGCCAUCACCGUGGAAACAAAGAAUGUGAAGAUUUAUUAGCUUAGAUUGUCUUGGGCACUGUUCCUGUCCAUGUAGGACUAAAAUUAUGCACUGAAAUUUUAAACAAAGGUUUACUUUGUUUAUAAUUAAUUUGUUUAUAUAUUUAUAUUAUAUAUAUAUAUAUAUAUAUAUAUAUAUAUAUAUAUAUAUAAAGACUGUACAACAAUAUAUCAAUAAGGUUCAGUCAGCAUAUCCAGCCUACAGACACUAACGGAGAACUGCUGGUAUAAUGAACCUUAGAGACUUUUAUACCAAACAAUACAAUGUUCUGAAAGCCAGAUUUCCUGGGAGGUUUAGGGGACUUAAGCGCUUUAUUUGAGUAGUUAAAUCCAAAACACAGAUUGUGCCUUUGAGUUUAAAGGUGGUGAAGCACGAAAUGUGAUUCUGUACAUCGUUUACAUUUUCUGUUACUGUUGUUAUUAGAUGUUGUUGUUAAUGUUAUUGAUUUAUUAAAGUAGACUUCCAAGAAAAGCACUGUUCCAAAUGGAUAAACAAGUACUGUACCAAAUCUUAUGAUUCAGUAUGUUUUCAAAACUGACAUGUUUUUCUGAUUUCCUUGAGUGAAGUCUGUAACUCUGUUAGUAUAUUCUGUAAUGACUUCUAAUGUAGAGCAAUGUAAUAAUUUUGUUUAAAA